AUGGCUGUACCAAACAAGGAAGUUGUUGCUUCUCUUACUGAGCGAUCCACCGAUCCUCUUCGAUCCAUAUCUUUGUCGCCGAGUCGAAGAUUUGGUGUGAUUGCUGGGAAGGAUAAUCUGCAACUUGUCAAAAUAAGUCCAGACGGGCUCAAGAGGCUUCGAUUGUUAAAUAUUACACAAUAUUUGCAAACCAAUGUUCCAUCAGGAGAACGACAAUCCCAGCCGGCGAAGUAUGGCGAUGUGAGAGAUACCUUUGGUUUGGGCGUCCCAAAACAAUCCACGCAGAGAACCAUGUCACACGGCAAUAUCGCGGUAACUUGUGCAGCCUGGAGCAGUCUACAACAAACGGAGCAACAAGCAUCAGAAACUUCCGACCAAACACCAUCCUUGGAUGCCGAGAAGGCAAACUCAAUAAUUGCAGCAGCAGGAUCCAAUGGGGUUGUUGUGGUAUGGACUUCAGGCAGUUUCUUUCCGGGGGGAGGUGGUGGAUCAAUGGGGAAUCCACAGCCAGAGGGGUACUUGAACCAACAUUCGAGAGCGGUCAAUAGUCUUGCCUGGCACCCAAGGCAGCCUGGACUCUUGUUGACAGCCUCUCAGGACGCUACGGCCAAGUUGUGGCAUCGCAAAGAUUCAAUUGAUCGAAAAGGGGAAGACAAACGAAAAAAGAGUAAUUGGUUCGCGAACAAGGCCAACACGAAGGACUCAAAGGUGUAUCAAUGGAAAUGCAUAGCGACAUUCAAACCGAAAAAUGAAGCCAUUAGGGAUAUUCAGUGGUCCAACUUUCAAGAUGACAUUUUUGCCCUGGUAACUGUCAGCGGAUCGUUAAUCGUCUACAACAGGUAUAUUGGGAUGAGAGCGCUUGCAAAGGUUGCCGCCCACGACGGUGAUGCUUCGUGUUUGGACUUCCAUCCAACACAGCCAUACAUUAUUGCCACGGGCGGGUCGAACGACAAUCGAGUAAAAGUUUGGGACUUGGAGAGCAACAUCACCAUGUCCAAGAAAGAUGACCACAACAUAAGUGUCAAUGCUGGUACAUUGAACACUAUCAGGUCCGAAACUGAAAAUUCAGCGAACAGUGUUAGUUCCCACGACACAGACAAAUCAACCCCACGGCUCGAAACUUCCAAUUCCUCCAAUGGCAUCCGUUCCUUGAAUGGGUUUAGUCAGAACUCAUCUACAUUGUCGAAUACUACAUUGUCAAGACAUAGCAAAGUCAGCUCUCCAUUAUCAUUACACGUCCUCUCCAUAUCUGCAGCUGUUACGAAAAUCAAGUGGAGACCGUCAGCAUCCAGCGUUAUGGAUGAUGACGAAGUAGAUCGCCAUGAAUCCAUGCUUGCUGUAGCAAGUGCCCGCCAAGCGAGUGCUGGUGGAUCAGGAGUACUUGGCUUGUGGUCAUGUGACCGACCUUUCAUGCCUCUCAGCGUGGUGGAAGGGCAUGAAAAAGGAGCUAUCGGGGAUUUCGUUUGGUUGGAGACUCCAUAUAGAAACACAAAACCAACAUCACAUCCGCUGGUUUCUUCAGCAGAGCCAAUGGACAAGUCAAGAUCUGGGUCUGUAGGGCGGUAUUCUCCUAGUACUACAACUGAUGGUACUGUGGUGUUACGCGGCUCUCUCCGAGGUGAUGCAGAGUCUAUUCUAUUUGACAAUAAGGAAAAAGAUGACGAAAGACGGGCCGCUCCAAGAAUAUGGCAGCAUAUUCUGAGUGUCGGAAGGGAUGGAAGAUGUUUGGUGCAGUCGUUGGUGCGCGGAGAGCGGCCCAUGUCUAGGAUACCCCCAUCUUGCUUUGCUUUGGCUAAUUUAUCGCCAUUUCAAACAGGCUAUGGAUCGCUCCAGGUUUUUAGUGUCUAUCAGAACGUGCCCAAAGGAGCUGAAAAUGACAUGAAACUGACAGGAUUGAGGCGAGACCAGUACACUGCUCAAGCACCAGGAAUCUUCAAAGAAGAGAUGUCCGAUGAAGAAAUGGAAUUCGACCGGAGCGAUGGUCUUGACUUCUUUGAACCAGGACGACGCUUCCCUGACACUUCACCGGAACUGGUUUUCAAUGUCGUGGACGGAGGUAAACUGGAUUCUAGUGGUUUGCCAAUAAACGAGGACGUAGAAGCCAUCUGUAUUGCUCCGGAAGUAUUGCACCUUUCCCGUUUUGCAAGCUCCUAUCAGCUGUACCCAGACUCUGAGUUGACUGCACGAGUUGACCUGUGUUUGCACAACGCUGGUAUCGCUGAAAAUCUGAGGCGUGAUUCCCUUGCUCGAAUGUGGCGAUCAAUUGCUAGCAUGAUGCAAGGUGCUGGAUUAGAUGAAUUGCCAAAGGCAGGCACCAGCAUCGCUCCUACAAACGUCAUGCAAUUUGUCUUGCUUCCCACCGUUAAAUCCUUGCUGCUGGAGCGGGCAGAAGCUGGAGAUGUCCAAACUUGUGUAGCAGUUUGUGAGGUGUUGCAAGUGAUUGAUUCCGACCAGAACACGAAGAUUCCUGGUCUCGAUAUUACCCUUUUGCGAGAGUGGUACCUUUCCUACAUCGAUCUCUUGGAACAAAUGUGCUUGUUUUCUGCUUCGGCGUUCCUCAUUCAGCGAUGCAAUGAUCCAGUCAUUGGGGCUAUGAAUCAGAAUUCAACGACCAUACACGAGUCUUGUUCCACAUGUGGAAAGCCGUUGCAACCCUCUACUGAGCCAGGUGGGACAACAAGAAAGGUGUGCAAGACCUGCCGUCGUCCAGUUGGUAUGUGCUUCCUUUGUCACCAACCUGUCACGGCUCUUUAUGUGUGGUGCCAAGGUUGUGGUCACGGAGGACAUUUGGAGUGCGCUCUCAAGUGGUUCGGAGGUUUUGAAUCGGAACCGCCAAGAGAAAUAUGUCCGACUGGUUGUGGCCAUCGGUGUAACUUUCAGAAAAUGAACUCAUAG